GAAGAAGAAGAAUGGACCAAUAGCAGCGCUGAUAUUUGUGUUUUGAACGAAACGCGGUUGAUGGCUGAUCGACGCCAAAUGUUUAUUUACCGUAGCUUUUGCAACGUUUUGUUGGAGAAAGUUGAAAGUUGUAAAUAAGUCUUCCGGUGCAAUGUCAUCCAGGAAGAGUUCCAGUGGGGAAGGCUCGUCUUCAAGCAGAUGUGGAGAGCGUACCCCUAUGAGAAGUCUGCAGAAUGAAAUGCUGUAUCUGUCAACUCCAUCCUCCAGACUCAAAUCAAAACUGCGGACUGAUGUUGUGAAACUGACUAAGGGGGAUGGCCCUCUCUGUGACCCAGAGCCCCACUUGCAAUCUUCUCCAUCCACAAAAGGGAUUCACAUCAAUGCUCCCACUACUGAUUUAACAACUACUGUGUCAGCUUGUGGACUUGGAGAUGUAACAUUUAAAUCUUUCAUCUGUCCUGGUGGUGAGGUUGAGCUUGCAAGCUCCUUUGUGUGUGCAGAAGAAAGUAUUUUUCUGCCCAAGGAUCAGUCUAUGGCAACCAUUAAUGAAACGGAAGAUACCAUCCUCUCUGACAGUAUAGCGGUUCAGUCAUGCAGUGACCACAUCGAACACGCCUAUUACAAUCCUGAGGUUGUAGAUGCUUCCUUGGUUGACAAUGAAGCAUCGUGUCCCUGUGAAAUUUCCAACACGAGUCUAACCUCUGGAGACUUGGAUGAUGGAAUUGCUACACAAGAUGUCCGAGCCUUUCAGGAUGACUGCUGUGGAAAGAACGAUGUAACUUGGAAAUCCUUUGUCUGUGAUGGCGGUGAGGUGGAAGUGGCUGAUGUCACCAGACUACAAGAUACGACCAUUCCUCUGCCCAAUGACCAGCCAGGGGAACCUUUGCAAGAGGACAGUGUGAAUUCUCCAGAUCUCUCUAAGUGUGGCGAGCUGUGUCCAGUAGAGCAUGCCGAUCAUUUCUACUUUAGCAGAGAAAACUGCGUUCCUGUCAGCACCACUUUCGCUGAAAUAACAAACGGUCCUGAACAGCCUGCUGAUGGACAGAAUGAUGUAACCUUCAAAUCAUUUAACUGCACUGGAGGUAUGGUUGACAUUUGUGAUGGCACCAAACUUGCAGAUGAGACUAUUCCUCUUCCAGUUAACCAAACAGCUACCGGCAGUGAGUCAUACAAUUAUGGCAUGAAUCCAAACAUGAUAACUUUUGAAGAAGAUGCCAAAAACAGUAGUGAUCAUUUAGAUCACCCAUACUAUGAUAUUGAAAAUAACUCAUUCAGGGGACCGUUACCUUUCAGCCUUGAUGAUGUUGAUGAAGUACAACAGGUUAGUUUGGUGGUACCUGAUGGUCAGACUGGGAGUCAAGAGGCUAUUACACUCAGCUCUUUCAUCAAUGCCAGAAGUGACGGAGAAAUAUCAGACAUCACAGAAUUCUCUCAGAAACCUUCCCCCCUGACUGACGACCAGGCUGUGAUUGGCCAGCCCCUGGAUGACAUCAGUGAACCUCCUGCCAUGACACAGGAGCAGCUUCAAGAUGAACUACCGUACAGCCAUGUGGAAAAUGAUGAAGUUGUGGUCAAUGCUGACCUACUAGCUAUCAGUUCAUCUUCCCUGACUAACCAAUCUCUAGAGUUGAAAGAAACCUCUAAAAAGGACUCGAUGCAUUCUGAGGACAGUGUGUUGCCUUCAAUGCUGAGCCACCCUGAGGCUUCUGCAGAGAGAACUGAACCCAUAGACAGUGAAGAAAAAGACAGUGCUCUCGGUUCAUCUGGAACUGAACCAGAAAAACCUCAGGUAAAAAACCUACCUGAAAGGUUCAGAGUGCGGUUUGAGUCAGGAACAUUGCCUUUUCAGUUUGAGUUGCUCAGUCCUGUUGUAAGGAGAGCCUCUCUGGCUGUAUUGAAGGCCCUCAAGGUUCCUGCUUUGGACCAAUUGUUGGCUGAGGAUCCAGCUCUUGAGUGUGAAAAAAGCUUGGUUGCUCCAUUUAACGUCGACCCUCCUGGGUUUUGGACGGAGCGAAUGGAGAGCCCCAUGCCGUGUCCUCUGUUUAACUCUACAGUGCUUGGUUGCAAGCCCCAGCCAAAACCAGUCCCUGAACCAGUUAAGGAAAUGGAUGCGAAGCCUUCUGCUGUGCCUCAGUCUGAAGUAGAGAAGCCAGCUGUGGAAUUCCCCCUGAUUCCAGACGGUCCCCUUCAGCAGCAGCUUCGGCAGAUGGCAGAGUUCCUUUUCUUAGCAUCAGGGAAGAUGUGUCCUGCUGCUGGCUCUACUCCUGCUGAUGCUGUCACAGUCCCAUCUGCAAAAGCUACUCCUGCAGAAUCCCACGGUGUCUGUGUGGGCACCACUCCUGUUAAAUGGUUGAACCACAGCGUCAAUACAUCUGGCCAAUUUGAGAGGAAGAGGAUCUUCACUGUGGCUGAUUCCUGCACUCUGACUGACCCUAUCCUGUGGAACCUCCACCCAGGCAGCCUUGAGGGUCUCUCACGACAAGAGCUGGAGCAGAGGUUAAGGUCAAGCAUGAUCAUGGUGGAGGCUCUUGUGCAGCAGUUGGAUGCAGCCAGAGCAAAUGGAUGUUCUUCUGCAGGCCCUCCACCUUCAGACCUCAGGGAGAAACAAGUGCAGACGGACCACACUGAACUGAGUCAGACAACAAUGUUAAGAGACCUAUAUUUGGAGGCUCUGAACAGGAUUGGUGAGUUGGAGUUGGACGUGAGUUCUCUACAGGACCUCACCCAGUGUAUGCAGGACAUGCGGGUCACCAUGACUUCUUUGAGUGGUGACACGGAUGCCGCUCUCUCUAGCACUAAGAAGAUGGGAGACGUUGUCAGAGAUGACCACCAGAGCCUUGUUUCACAUUACGGUCAGAUGAAGUCUCUCUUUGAGAAAACAAAGACGACGCAGAAAAAAAUGAUGCAGAAGGUCAAAGACGCUCUUCACCAAAGAGAUGACAUGAGGGCACAGAUGGAGGAGGCCAUCGCAGCCAAUGAGGCGGCCUUCAGUUUGAUGGAGCAGCUGAGGACUCACUGUUCCUCAGAAAUCUCCGAGCUGGAGAGGGUUGUGGGGUCCCAGCAAAAACUGUCAGCUGCCCUAAACCAGACCUAUCCAGAACAGGUUGCAUUAAACAAGGCCUACAAUGAAAUGCUCGAUUCUGCGUCUGAUGUUUUGUCCACAACCAUGGAGGAACAUUCCAGUUUGAUGCAAGAACUCUCUACAGUCAGAGGCCUUCUGCAGAAAUCUACUCCGAUGCUUCUGAUGCUGAAUGAGAAGGCAGCGGCUGCUUUGACAGAGAGGGACGAACACUUCUCUGCCAGAGAGCAAGCUGUUGAAGAGCAAGAGCAGGUAAGACGACAUAGUAAUGAACAACAGGACUCUUACUUUCCUGCAACUCUUUUCUACUUGUUGCAGCAUUCGUGGAGAGACGUCCAGCAAGCCAAGGACAGAGCAAACGGGUUGGAGGCGUCUCUGGGUCAGUCGGAGCAGCAGGUGUGUGAGUUAUCUCAGGCUCUGGCUCAGAGUGAGAAGCAGCUCAGCCAGCUGCAGGUCCUCUCUCAGUCCCAGAGCGUGCAGAUCCAGCAGCUCCAGGAUGUUUGCACACAGCUCAGUGGUGUGCGGGAGAUGAACGAGUUCUUACAGGUGGAGAAUGAGUUGACGAGGGAGCAGAUAACUGAAAGUGAACGGUUGCUGAGUGCCAACCUGCAGGCUCUGCGGCAGAGGAACAUCAAGUGUGAGGACCUGAAUGGAGAGCUUGGUCAACUUCAGAUUGAGAAGAGGAGCUUGCACGAGGAGCUGGAAACCACAAAGUCCAGAGCCGGUGCCACUCAGCUGGAGCUUAGACGGAAACUGGCAGACGCGGUCACUGAAAUAACUUUGCUGCAUCACACACUGAGGGGACUGACCAAUGAAAUACAUGCUGCUCUCAAUGGCCAGAAACCACAGAAGGAGUCUCAACAAGUGGAGCGCCGUCACCCCUCCAGCUCGUUUGUCGACAGCGUCAUGGUUGCACUCACAACAGAGACCCUUCCUGGAUCAGACGUGGCCGACCCACCGUGCGAAACUUUGUUUAGUGAGACGAGCGCCUUCACCCGCAUUGCAGCCGUCACGCCUAGAAAGAAAAGUAACGCAGCAGCAGAGUGUGACCCCGAGGAGGAUCAGAGCAGCGUGGCGGAGCUGCUGGUCGAUCUGGGCAGCACCAUCACAGAGCUGAUCAGCAACACGAAGCUGCUGCAACAGCGCAAAGACGCUCAGCUGGAGGAGCUGCACCUCGCCAUCUCUGGCCUGCAGGUGGAGCAGCAGGCUGCAAGCAACAGACAUGAAGCCGAGGCGUCUGUGCUGAAGCUCCAGCUCAGCCGUCUGAACAGCCUGUUUGAGAGAGGAAAUCAGGCGCUGCAGCAGAAAGCUCUGGAUGAGAAAACUGUGACAAAGUUGAUGUCAGAAGUUCAAGAGACCCAGGAAAUUCUAAAUAAACACAAGACUGAGAGCAAAGAACUGCGGAAGGAGGUGGUUGAGCUCCGUCGUUCUCUCCAGCAGUCACAGGUGGAGACUCAAUACCUGCGGGUAGAGUUGGGAAAAGCCGGUAGCGAAUCAGCUAACCCGGCACAACUAAUGGAGGAACAAAUCAAAUUGUUGAGAGAGGUGGAGAGACUGAAGUUGAGUGUUGAGAAAUUGGAGCAGGGCAGAGUUAAACUCCUUGAGAGAGCAAAAAGACAUCAACUCAUCCAUCUGGCCAACCAGCAGAAAAGUGAAAAUGAGCUCCAGAUGUUGAACAAAAUGAUCAAUAAAGUCAGAGAGACUUUGCUGUCUUUGCCGGUGGUCGUGAAGAAUUGUGAACAACUCCAACGGCUCAUUUCAUAUAUCGGCUGACAUGUUUGUUAUUGUAACCUGUGUUCAUUGUAUUUAUAGCCAUGUUGUUUAAGCUUGUCCUGGAUGUGUUUAUUCAUAUUUUCAGUAUGAUAUGUUAUCAAAUAAAUGAUUUAAAAUGGGAUU